UCGCGCAUUAGUCUUUUUAAUAUUGCUGUUGCUGCUUGUCGGAAAAUAUCUCUAAAAAUGAAGUAUUUGAUAACAGGAAUUCUUUUGUGUGCUAUUAAUUUUUCAUUAGGCGAUGUAGAAUCGGAAUUUAAAAAGGCGAAAAUCGAACCCGAUAUUAUAGACAAAGCACCAAUUGAAAAAAUCGAGGUAAAAUAUGGUAAGAAGGUAGUCGAUUUUGGAACCGAAUUGACGCCGACUGAAGCUCAUGAGAUACCAGAAAUCCAUUAUAAACAUGAAGGAGGAGUUCUCUAUACACUUGUCAUGACGGAUUCUGAUGCACCAAGGAGGGGAGGAUACAACCGAGAAUUCCGACACUGGCUCGUGGGAAAUAUACCGGAAGAAAACAUAGCUAAAGGUGAAAUCCUGGCAGAAUAUGUCGGUCCUGCGCCGCCGAAAAACACUGGAAAACAUCGCUAUGUAUUUCUCAUUUAUAAACAAAAUCAGGGCGCUAUUACCUUUGAUGAAAGAAGAUUGAGCAUUUGGGAUGGAAGUCAAAGAAAGAGGUUCUCCAUAAAGAAAUUUGCGGAAAAGUAUAAUUUGGAGGGCCCGAUUGCUGGUAAUUUUAUGGUGGCAGAAUACGAUGACAAUGUACCUGCUUAUCAUAAGCGUUUGAAUCUUUAAUUAAAUGGUAUUUAAUUAGUCUUUAAAUAUUUUCGAAUUCAUAAAUAAAAAUAUAAAUUUCAUAUUAUAAUAAUUUUAAAUCUCGCUACUCAUAUAUAUGAAAUUAUAUUACAUAAAGAGUGUCGUAAAUUUGUGGUAUUAUUAUUUAAUACAGGGAAAUUAUAAAUAAAAUUAUAACGGCUAAUUAUUGAUAUUACUCUUAAUGUAACUUGAUAUAACUCUUAAAAAAUUUUUGACAAAUUUUUUUAUAUAUAUUUCUACAAAAAUAUAAUUAAUGAAUUACGCAGAAAUAAAUGAAUUACUUACCAGCAGAUAAAGAAA